AUGGCAGCCGCAGCUCUCUCCGCCCGACCCAACCGCCUUGGCUCAGCCUCCGAUGUUCCUCUCCGCCCGCUCUAUCUCCCCACCAAGCUCGAUUCCCUUUUCUUUGCUCCCGGUAAGCCCUGGCGCUCCGCCGCGAUUCUCCUGCCCACGCGGCGGCGAUGCGCGGCGCCUCGAGCCAGUUCCCGCGCUGACGAUUCUCCGCCGUUCGACAUGUCCGUGGAGACGGCUCUCAAGGUACUCGGCGUCUCCGAAGGAGCUUCCUUCGACGAAAUACUUCGCGCCAAGAAGUCGAUCCUUGCUUCCCGUAAGGACGACCCCAACGCCAUCUCCCAGGCGGAGGCUGCAUAUGACAUGCUGCUGAUGCAGAGCCUAAACCAACGCCGAGCAGGCAAAGUUGUGAGCAACAACAUUCGCUACGCCGACGUUAAAUCCGCUAACCCUCUGGGAACGGGUAGGGUGUCUCAGUGGAUGAAGAACCCACCCGUCUCUAUUGAUAUGCCUUCCACGAGCAGUCUCGGAAUACAAGCCGGAGUCUAUGGAGCCAUGAUGGCCUUGACCUACGUGAACGGCAGUUCCUUCGAGUCUUCGGGGGUGCCUUAUGCCGGUGCUGAUGUACCCGGCCUUAUAUUGGCCACCAGCUUCGGAGCUUCCCUAUACUUCAUGACCAAAAGGAACGUCAAGCUAGGGAAAGCAGCUGCGAUAACGGCGGGAGGACUAGUGGUAGGUGCGGUGGUGGGAUCCACCGUAGAGAGCUGGCUCCACGUUGAUGUUGUCCCGUUUCUGGGUCUCCACUCCCCAGCCGCCGUCGUGACUGAAUUCAUAGUCUUCUCUCAGUUCUUGGUGUCUCUCUGCUUACGGUAG